UCAACUAAAAAUACCAAAGCAGGUAAAUUGUGCAUUCUUGAAAGCAAAUACCAUAUAAUGAAAGCCGGAUGGGGAUAUAAUUAGUGUAGUCAUUUCUCAGAGCACACUGUAAACCCAACUACAGACGUAAAAGAAAGUACUAUAACAGGAGGAGGAGGAGGCGGAGGAGGGGGGAGAUCUGGUUUUGGGGCCGGAGAAACCGCGUAGGCUCUACCCACUAGGCCAUUCUACUUUGCUUAAUUAUCUUCUUCUGCCAUGUGAUUCAUCUUUCUCUCCCUCUCCUCUCCUCUCUCUCAUUAAACUCAUCCAACCCUUUCAUAUCUCCUUCACAUUUAUGCCAACUAUAAAGCUCAGUGAAGAAGUCUCUCUCUCUCUCUCUCUCUAGAUCCAAUCCGUGCUGUGUAAACCAGCCCCUCUUGAUUUCAGCCAUACAUGGCUUCAUUCCAGAGCUCCAGUUUUUUCAGCAGAAAGGUACUUCUUCUUUAUCUUCUCUUCUUCCUCUUCACUUGUGUAUUCUGUGCACUUUCAGAAGACUCACAGUCUCAGAGCAAACCCUCUCUGGGUAAGAGAAGAGCCUUACUAGCAAAGGUGGUGCAAGUGGAAGUCCCCUUGGUCAAGAAGAAAUCCAGCAGCCCAUCCCCCACCAAAAACCAAACCAAACUCCUUAAACCCUCCACGAAAAAAUCAAACUCAAUCAAAACAACCAAAACCCAGCUCGACUUCGAGAUCAAUUGGCCAACAAAACUCUCAAAUUCAACCAAAACCAAGCUCAAAAAGCUCAAUUCCACUUCCAAAUCUUCAAAUUACACCAAACCCACUUCACUCUCCAAGAAGACCCUAGAUCUGUCCAAACCCAGCACUCCCAAGAACAAAACAGCCAAUCCAAUUUCCCCCAAACAGACCCAAUCUCAGUACUCCAGCAAUUCCAAAAACCCAGAUGAGAAAAAACCCAAGACACAGCUGAAGAAGACUACCCAGAAACCCACUCAGCCCAGUUGGAUUGAAGAAGAGGAACAAGACGAUUUGGUGGCGGAAUUCAGAGAUCUCCCCUACAAAUUUCAUCAAACACUCUUACCAGAUAUACGGAGAAUUUCCACAACUUCGAAAGCUUAUCUCACGAAAGCCAGCAAGGAGAUCACGAACGGAUUCAAACCCUUUGUGGGUAACAAAUACGCACCCGCCAUAGCUUCUGCUAUCUCCUUCGCUUUCAUCUUGAUCCCUCUGCUUCUGGUCUCACUCCUCUUCAACAGAAUCAAAGCUUACUUCUCUCUGCAAAAGAUCCUCAUCUUCAUCCAAGCUUACCUCUCCAUCUACUUCUCCAUUCUCUGCCUCUCUUCGCUCGUCACGGGGCUCGAGCCAUUGAAGUUUUUCUACGCUACUUCGCAGUCCACCUACGUCUGCCUGCAGGUUCUGCAGACUCUGGGGUACGUCUUCUACCUCCUGCUCCUGCUGAUGUACCUUGUGCUGGUUUUCUCCACCGACAGUGGGCUGGGCCCAAAGCUCCUGGGCCUGGGCCAGACCUUCGUAGGAUACGCCGUGGGCCUGCAUUACUACAUGGCGGUGUUUCACAGGACGGUGCUGCACCAGCCGCCCAAGACAAACUGGAGGGUUCACGGGAUUUACGCCACGUGUUUCCUCGUGAUUUGUCUGUUAGCGAAGGCGGAGAGGAGGAAGAAGGCGUACCUCGAAGAAGGUGGCGCAGAAGGAAAGUUGAGCUGAAAACUGUAAGGCCUGAAAUGCUGAAACCUUCUGGUAGCUUUAAAUUAGCCUUUAAUGGCUGAAAAGGGUGAAGAUUAUACUUUUUUCUCUCAGACCCAGCUCUCAUUCUGCGAUCUGACGGCUCAUAUAAGAAGAAAUAAUCAAGCUUUUUGUUUUGAUCUUCGUUUUAGAUAUGCUUGGGCCUUUGGGGUUGUUUGAAGGUUCUGGGCGGGUUCCAUUUUUAAAUUGUCAGAUCAGCGGAUGAAGAAUUUCGCUUUCUGAUGUGUUUUAAUUUAAUUUCCUGCAUUCGAUGAAUGUUUAGAUGAAAUAAGUUGAGCAUUGUAAUACGAUGUAUUGCAUGGUGUAAAGAGAGCUGCAGCCAUUGCUGAUCGAGUAUCAAAUCGAAACAGAGUUGCACUCUGUUUUAUCUUU